UUAGGCUUCACGGUCGAACUUUUACCUCUCCCUGUCUACGGACGUUCUAUCAUGGCACAAAUAUAUUCAUUAGAUAACGCCAUCGCGAAGUUCUUCCAUGAGCUCCGGGGGGUCAACCGGCAGCAGUGCGAGGAGCUUGCUCUGUCCUUAGUAGGACCCCCCCUUCAGCCAUGUCGUAUCCAAGGGGCUUUUAGCUACACUAUACGUGCUGGCCCUGGGCUAGCCAAGAUUAUACAGUUCCGCUCUGAAUAUCUGGAUAUGCAUGUGCUCGAGUGCGCUCGCUUGACCUUUGGGACGCUUGUUGCAGCUUGUGUUCAUCACGGCCACAUUGGCAAUCCAUCACGUCUUGGAGUUUACGUGAUGGACAAUCUCCCGGGUGUCACUUACAUCGAAGCACGAAUGGCAUUUCCAUCCUUGAAUGGAAUGUCGAAAGAAAUGUGCAUUUGGCAAAAUAAUGUUGUCGUUGAUCUUGCAAGGUUCUUUGCACUGUCUUGGAAGCGGCCGCUUAAGUUGAAUGAGCUAGAAGUUACGUCCUGUCGCAAUGAUAUGGAACAGAAGCUAAGGCUCUUAUCUAAGACACUACCUUCCCCGUUCUCGGAUACGAUGACCGACCUUGCUAAUAACGUCGGGAUACUAUUUUCAGAUUCCUAUCCUCUAGUUCUGACCCAUGACGAUCUCUGCGAAAUGAAUAUACUUGUUGACUCCGCAACGGGAAAUCUUACGGGAGUCAUAGAUUGGGCGAACGCUAGCAUUCAACCUUUCGGCCUCGCACUUUGGGGCGUGGAGAACGUUUUCGGGUAUAUGGAUGGAACGGGUUGGCAUUACUUCGGUAAUUAUGAGCAACUAAAGGAGCUUUUUUGGAGAAAGUUCGAGGAAGAUGCUGGUGUUAAGACAAUUACAUUGGAUUUCAAAGAGAACCUCAAAUUGGCAAGGCUGGUAGGCAUUGCUCUUCGUUAUGGGUACAAAUGGGACAACCUUAAAGAAACGAAGCCAAUCUCAACGGAUGAUCCAUCGUUAAGAUAUCUUAUAGCAUUUCUUUCAGGUUAA